AUGGACAGAGCUUCCUCGAGGUACCCAAGCUAUGGUAGGUAUUGCGACGCUGAGCUGAGUAACCUUCCAGCGAUGAAGUCACUGGAGCACACGAGACCUGGCAACUCGAAUUUGCUGUAUCCAGCUUUGGAUAACCCCAGGCUUCUCAGCCUCGCAUCCUUCCAUUAUCUGAAAGCCUCUCUGAUCGAUGCAGCAAUCAGGCAUAGUGUCCCCGCAACAUAUGACAGGUUACAGCUUCCGCCGUAUUCUCCUAUCCGAUCUAUGCUAAAAGGACCCGAUCAACGGAGACGCCGCCCGGCAACCCGGAGCUCCCAGCUCAGCCACACUGAAAACGUAGCACGGCGUGUAGUUGUCGCCCGCGCUGUUUCUGGUACAUGUCGAAGACGAGAGCGAGCCCGUGAACGAGGUUCCAGCCCAGAGCAUGUAUGCGAGAUGCGAUAUGCGAGGCUGGCAUCCGAGAAUCCCAUGCCAACUAACCCCCUAGGACCCCGGGCUCUCGUUCCCGCAAAAGGCGUCCAUACGCGGGAGCCAGGAGGCAGCUUGGUAGGCCCGUCGUUCGGUGGUGUCGGCUUCGGGGUGCCUGGAGCCUGGAGGUACCUGCCAAAUUGCCUGGUCCGUCUGCUGUGCUUCCGUGCCCGUUCAUCGCCGCCUUUGCUUCCGCGGGCCCGACGUGCUACCUAUGUAUGCUAUGCAGACGACGGGAAGGAGGCAGGUGAUGGGGCUGUGAACCAAAAUAGAUUGCCUAUGCCUGCUUGGCACCUUUGUCCGUGUCUUUGUUACUUACGGAACAAGAUGACGUACGACUCGUUGACGAAUGGACGAGCAAUAGGACGGCUGGCAUGUGGUUCGCUGGCGCAAAUCCGCCCGCCGCCAUCGAGCAUGAACCAGGCGGCCGCGGCGGGAAUCUUGUUGAGAGUCUCACGUGGGCGUCGAGGAGCGGCCCUUCGUUCCACAGUCCAUGAGGAGAUGGGAUGGAUUCGCGAUACUGUGUCCGCUACCUGCCGUGCUGCAACGCUGUCCUCCUUGCCCAACUGCUCUCCAGGGCGAGAUGAUCUCGGCCAGGCUGGCUCCCAUGAUCCCAUGUUCUUGGCCUGGGUUAACCUUGUAUUCUCAUUAGACCGUAGCGUGCGUGCAGGUGGUGGAUGUGGGGAUGCCCUUGAAGAUAAUAGAGGCGUCACAGUCGGAGUGAGAAAGGCGCACUGUCAGGCCUGUAGCUUGGCUCGAUUGGUCCGUGGUCGAGACCGUGGAGAGCUGAAGGGUAUUAGGCUGACGAAUGCUAUUUGCUUCAAUAGUCACUGCCUGAUUCAAGAAACGACUGAGGAGCAAUUCGUUCGGAUACGAUACCUGCUCCGAGAAUUCAGUAAAAACCAAAUUGAAGGCACGACCCCCAAUUCGACUUUAGCCACCGGAAUCAGCGGUCCAGGCCGGAGAAAAGAAGACAAUACGGAUACUCGGAGGGUCGCGCAUCUCGUCUGCAAUAUCAGAGGUUCCUCCUUGCCUUCGCACCCCAGUAUCACCAAAAAAAAGGGUGAUCCUGCGCAGUUAGCCCCCCCGAGCAGCAAAGGAGCAAAAGCACGGACCAUCCCCGAAGAGGACGGGGGACGGGGAGAAAGAGGCGAGAGAGAACGCGCAGCCUCCCCUUCCCACCUUUCCCAUUCCUUUGUUAAAGCGGCAACUCAAUCCCUCGGGGGGCGCUGCCACUUUCUGCCACCUGUCUCCAGCUGCUUUCUGACAUCGAAACCUGGCCCGCCAGACAAAUCGCAGCAGCCAACGAAACACCGAGGAGCCAAAGCCAGCGCUCACCGCACACUGUGCCUGCCAUUCCCACUCUUCUCCUUCUUCCCCCCUCCUCCACCCAAAAUCGACUACCUCUCAUCUUCCCGUAACCUUUCCCACUUUCGACCUCACCACCCAACGACGCCCUCUCCCAAGUUCUUUGCCAUCCCCUCAGGACUUUUGCCAGUUCCAUCUCGCUCCUACGAUUCCGGAAUCGAGUACGUGACGCCAUCCCCGUCUCUGCCAGCAAUUCACUCCCUGCUCCACGACGCCGAUGCCGCCUCACAUCCCCUGGCCUCAUCGGAGUCGCGAUGCUCUAGUCCAUCAAUAUCCGUCCUUCUGCUUCACUUGCUAACAUAUAUCUCUGCAGAGGAGGUCGCCGCCCUCGUUAUCGACAAUGGUUCGGGUAUGUGCAAGGCCGGUUUCGCCGGCGACGAUGCGCCCAGAGCUGUCUUCCCCUCCAUUGUCGGUCGCCCCCGUCACCAUGGUAUCAUGAUCGGUAUGGGUCAGAAGGACUCCUACGUCGGUGAUGAGGCACAGUCGAAGCGUGGUAUCCUGACGCUCCGCUACCCCAUUGAGCACGGUGUCGUCACCAACUGGGAUGACAUGGAGAAGAUUUGGCACCACACCUUCUACAACGAGCUCCGUGUCGCCCCCGAGGAGCACCCCGUCCUGUUGACUGAGGCCCCCAUCAACCCCAAGUCCAACAGAGAGAAGAUGACCCAGAUCGUCUUCGAGACCUUCAACGCCCCCGCGUUCUACGUCUCUAUCCAGGCCGUCCUGUCUCUGUACGCCUCCGGUCGUACCACUGGUAUCGUCCUCGACUCUGGUGAUGGUGUCACCCACGUUGUCCCCAUUUACGAGGGUUUCGCUCUUCCCCAGGCCAUUGCCCGUGUCGACAUGGCCGGUCGUGACUUGACCGACUACCUCAUGAAGAUUCUCGCUGAGCGCGGUUACUCCUUCUCCACCACUGCCGAGCGUGAAAUCGUUCGUGACAUCAAGGAGAAGCUCUGCUACGUCGCCCUCGACUUCGAGCAGGAGCUCCAGACCGCUUCCCAGUCCUCAAGCUUGGAGAAGUCCUACGAGCUUCCCGACGGUCAGGUCAUCACCAUCGGCAACGAGCGUUUCCGUGCCCCUGAGGCUCUGUUCGCUCCUUCCGUCCUUGGUCUUGAGUCCGGCGGCAUCCACGUCACCGUCUUCAACUCCAUCAUGAAGUCUGAUGUCGAUGUCCGUAAGGACCUGUACGGCAACAUUGUCAUGUCUGGUGGUACCACCAUGUACCCUGGUCUCUCCGACCGUAUGCAGAAGGAGAUCACUUCCCUUGCUCCUUCUUCCAUGAAGGUCAAGAUCAUCGCUCCCCCCGAGCGCAAGUACUCCGUCUGGAUCGGUGGUUCCAUCUUGGCUUCCCUGUCUACCUUCCAGCAGAUGUGGAUCUCCAAGCAGGAGUACGACGAGAGCGGUCCCUCCAUUGUCCACCGCAACGUCUUACUUCCCGAAUCACAUUCUCGCCCUUCCGAAAACACAUCGAUUCCAAAGAGGCAACGACCGGUGCAAGGUCUCCACGGCAAGUUUGGGUCGACCCUUCUCCAGAAAGAUUUGGUCCUUGUUUUGUAG